AUGGCUGGUCCCAGCGCUCGCCGUAGUCGUGCUCUGAUCUCUGAUGGCGACGGCGACACUUCUCGCCAAAGUACUCCAGCGUCCACCGCUGCUCAUGAUCGCAAGCGCAUGCGAGCUGAUCCUGAACUCGCUGCUAACUUACUGUCUCCUGCUGAUGCAGCAAGGCCACAAAGAUCACGAAGACCCGCUGCCUCUCGGCGUAGUGCCACACCAGAAGAGAGAAAGUUUGUGCUUCAACCAAAACGCAGGCAUCAGCCUGGUGCAAUUGUGCGUGUCAAGCUCACCAAUUUCGUCACGUAUACCUCCGCCGAAUUCUACCCUGGACCGAAUUUGAACAUGGUAAUUGGUCCCAAUGGAACUGGAAAGAGUACACUUGUCUGUGCCAUAUGUUUGGGUCUGGGCUGGGGUCCGAAUUUGCUAGGACGAGCGAAAGAUGCUGCAGAAUAUAUUAAACAUGGAUGCAAAGAGGCAACUAUUGAGAUCGAACUGCAGCGAGCCACGAGUGGGCCUAGCAGAACUGGCAGCAACCCUGUUAUUACGCGAAACAUCAAAAAGGAAGGAAACAAAAACAUGUUCUACCUGGACGGCAGGCAGACUGCAAACAAAGUCAUUCAAGAAUUCGUUCGAGGCUUUAACAUCCAGGUCGACAAUCUAUGUCAGUUUCUGCCUCAGGACAGAGUCGUCGAGUUUGCGCAAUUAGGUCCGGUUCAGAGGUUGGAGACUACAUUGAGGGCUGCAGCAGAUCCAGAAGUACUAGAGUACCACGAGAGAUUGAAAGGUCUCAGAGAAGAGCAGAUAGAGUUCAUGAGUCAGAAUAAAGGAGAUCGGGAAAUUCUUCAAGAUCUGGAGAAGAGGCAGGACGCCCAGAGAGUGGAUGUUGAACGCCUGGAGGAGCGGCUAAGGACACAAAAGAAAAUCGAUCAAUUGACUAAGUGCCGGCCAGUGCCAAAAUAUCUCGAGGCGAAGAACAAGGCUAAAGAACUCAAGGAUCUCAAGGACAAAUUGACAACGGAGACAGCAAGACUGAAGCAAGAAUCUGCUCCUGCACUGCAGAAGGUGAAUGCGAAACAGCGAUAUGCAGCAGCAGCUGUGAGAAACCGGGAUGACGUACGAAAGGAAGUCAAGCGUGCUGAAGGCGAAUGCUCAAGACUCGACCGUGAAGUUAGUAACUCUGGCCAGAGAGUGACAGACUUGGCAGACGAGCACAAAGCUACCAGGGAUAGUAGCGCAAACGACAAGCAAGAGUAUUCGCGAAAACAGCGUGAAUUGGUUAACCUAAAAACCAGCAAGGAAGUUAGACCCGCUGAGUUUGAUCACGUCACAACCAACGAGAAGCUCAAUGAAUACAGGUUGCGUCUCCGCCAACUCACACAAGACGGUGAGCAAAAAGACGAGGCGUUGCAAGCUGCAAGGAACCAGGGUAGGGAAGCCCACAUCAGAAGGAAAGCAGCCGAGGAAAAGCUCAACAGCCUGAGUACUGAAGAGGGUCGACGUGAGGACAAGCUUGCUAGCGAUGCAAAGGACACGGCGGAUGCUUGGAGGUGGAUCAAAGAAAAUCAGCAGAUGUUCAAGAUGGAAGUUUUUGGUCCACCGGCCGUGACUUGCUCAGUCAAGGAUCCUCGCAUGGCAGAUGCCAUCGAAAGCCUCAUGAAUCAGGGUGACUUUCGAGCCAUUACUGUCCAGUGCAUGGACGACUUCCGUUUGAUUCAAGAAGAACUUACCAAGAAGAGGAAUCUUUUUGAGUUGACUGUUCGCAAGUCUGACGAACACGAUCUGUCGAGGUUUAGAUCCCUGAUGAGUCACGAGGAUUUGAUUAAGUUGGGAUUGGAAGGAUGGGCGAUCGACUACCUUGAGGGGCCGUCUGUUGUUCUAGCCAUGCUCUGUCAAUCAAGACAACUUCACCAGACGGCAACCACCAGUAAGACGUUGUCCGAGGAACAAGACCAAGCGAUUGGGAAGAGCUCAAUUAAGAACUACGUUACCAAAGAUAAAUUCAUCAAAGUCUUCCGACGCGAGGACUACGGAGUAUCCACGACUCAGACCUCAGAUAUCAAGCCGGCAAGGUGGUGGACCGAUAAACCAGUUGACACUCAGCGAAGAGAAGAACACAUGCACGACCUCAAAAGAGAGCAGAAAUCAGUACAAUCCUACAAGGAACAGGUUGAGCAGCUCAAGACUGAGAUAGAACGUAUCAAGGAGGAAAGACUGCAGGAGGAGUCAGCACGUAAUAAGCUCGCCGAUGAGAAGGAGGCAGCGCAGCGAGCUCAGGCUGCUUACAAUGGUAUUGGCACCAAGAUUGAGCGGGUCGAGGACCGCCUCAGAGUGUUGGAGGGAAACAUGGCAACUGUCAAAGAACGAUGUCAUGCCAUAGCCAGGCAGAAGGACGAGGAAAUGCUCAAGAAGGCUCAGCAUAUCCUCGAGUACUGUGAGGUCAUCCACUCUCUGAAGGAGGCCAGCCAAAAACUUCUCGAGGCGGAGGUUAUUGCUAUAGAAGCCCAGAGCGACUUUCAAACUCUGGAACGUUUGCAUUCGACAUUGCGCGACACACUCAAGCAAAAGGAAGGCCAAUUGAAUGCUGCCAGCAAGGAGCACGAAGUAGCUAGACAAUCAGCGUUGGCUCUCAAGAGUUCGUUGGAAGAGGUUCGUCAAGAGGCAGAAACUCUAUCAGAGGAGGAGGAUGACAACAGCCUGUUCGAAUUGCUGCAAAGCUUAGCGAUGCAGCGAGACUUGACAGAACAGACUCUCGAAGACAUGAUCGAUGCAGAGAAUGCAAAACUUGGAUUGACAGAUGGCGGUAUCAACGCUGCGAAUGUCAUUCGGGAAUAUGAGGAACGAGCUAAAAAGAUUGAAAAGCUGCAAACCAAGCUGAGAGACUACAACAAAAAGCAGGAUGAGUACAUUUCUUCCAUCAAGACAAUCAGAGAGAGCUUCGAGGCAGACCUGCAGUCUAUCAUCGAGAAGAUCGAUGCCGCUUUUGCAGAAUCAUUUGAGCGCAUUGGCUGUGCUGGUCAGGUCAAAGUUCAUAAAGCUUCAUCCGAGGACCCAGCAGACUGCACCGAAGAGCUUGGUGGACAAGAGAACGGCCUCGACUUUGCAAACUGGGCCAUCCAUAUCCUGGUCAAAUUCCGAGAAAAGGAACCGCUAUCUCUUCUCGACAGCCACCGACAAUCAGGUGGUGAGCGAGCAGUCAGCACAAUCUUCUACCUCAUGGCUCUGCAAAGUCUUAGCAAAUCUCCGUUUCGUGUCGUGGACGAAAUCAACCAGGGCAUGGACCAGAGGAAUGAGCGCAUGGUUCAUGGUCGGAUGGUCGAUAUCGCUGCUGCCAAUGAGCGAGCUGUUGCGCAAGGUCAAGCAAAUGGCAGCCAGUAUUUCCUCAUUACCCCGAAGUUGUUGUCUGGGUUGAAGUAUGAGAAAGAUGUUAGGAGGACUGCUGAGGGCGGAGACGAAUAUACUGAGAAGGGGCGGAAGUUCGAUUUUGCGGCAUUUGCUGGACGUGCAAGACAGCUGGGAUUGGGCCGUCUCCAGGGAGGAGAAGGCAGGAUGGACUCUAGAGCCAGUAUGAGAGGAGUAUCUGUUAGUGCCUGA